AUGCUGAUGGAUAGAGAUAUUGAUUUGGAAGAAGUGGGGUCGCCCGACAUGUUUGCAGACAUUGACGAUGAAACUCCCCUCAGCAGUGACGAGGAUUGCCAAAAUAGUCCACCUUUCAGCUCUCGCGACAUGGAAAGCGAAGAAAUGAGUGAUAAAAACCUAGCGUUCACUGCUGAGACUCCAUCUGGAUUAACUGCAUCCACUGCGCCUUGGCAAUGGCUAACUGAUCCUAAUUUUAAAGCACACGUCAUUGAUUUUGACGACACUCGAAGCGGCUGGAGACUCCCAUUUUCAGGAACGGAAAUGGAGCUUUUCCUCAAACUUUUUACCAACGAAAUUCAACACGAAGUAGUUACCCAAACAAAUGCAUUCGCAGACCAGACGGGAGAUUGUUGCACUCGUCGAUGGAGUAGCUGGCAAGAACUCAAUGAACAAGAGUUGCUGAAAUUUUUAGCAGUGAGAAUGCUAAUGGGAGUCAACCGACUACCAGAAAUGAAGCAGUACUGGUCUAAGGAUCCCCUUCUGCAAUAUCCCAUCAUUUCGAAGAUCAUGAAACAAGACCGUUACUUCGAAAUUUUGAAAUAUUUACAUUUUUCGGACAACACCAGACCAAGUGGAAGUAAGUUGCAAAAAAUUGGUACAAUAUGGGACCUUUGCAUGAAUAACUUUCAGAAAACUCUCCGGGCUCACAAGAACUUGUCCAUUGAUGAAAGUCUUAUGCUGUAUAAGGGAAGAUUAUCAUUUAAACAAUACAUCCCUAGUAAGAGGUCACGAUUCGGAAUUAAAAUUUUUUCGAUAGUGGACGAAGCCACAGGAUUCCUCCUCAAUAGUAUGAUUUAUGUUGGAAAAGAUAAUCAAAUUCUUCCUGAUAUCAAAACGUUUGGAUACGGUGGUGCGAUCGUCCUGAAAUUACUGGAGCCGUAUUUAAACAAGUUUUACCAUCUAUAUUGUGACAACUACUUCACAAGCCCGGUGUUGGCGAAAUACCUUCUGGAGAAACAAACUUAUAUUUGCGGCACGCUUCGCAAAAACCGGAAGCACACGGACCCACCACCAGCGCGCGGUCCAAACAAAAUGAAACCGGGAGAAGUUAUCAUCAAAUCUUGUCAGGGAGUAAUGACAGAAUAUUGGAGGGAUAAGAAGGUUGUCGCCAUGAUCUCAACAUGCCAUGACCAUUCAAUGGAAUCCCUCCCGCAGCGUUAUGGUGGUGGAGAAAUUAUUAAACCCAGAACUGUAUUGGACUAUAAUAAAUUCGCUCGAGGAAUUGAUUACAGUGACAUGAUGAAGAAGUACUACAAUAUUCGACGAAAAUCAAUGAAGUGGUACCGGACUCUUUUCUUCUACUUGGUCGAUCUUUGUAUAUUCAACUCUUUUGUCAUCUACAAGUCAUUUCACGUUGGUACCAAGGCCAAAUUUUUGGGAUUUCGUCUUAACCUUAUUCGACAAAUCAUUGGAUCAAUCCAACCAGUACAAAUUACUGCGACAAUAAGCCCUACCGAUCAACAGAAUAGAUUAAGGCUCAGUUUAAGUUUGAAAACGAAAAAAAAUUCCUGA